AUGCGAGUGCCGUUGUUUCGACUCCAGUGUGGAGUCAACAGUUAUGACUGGGGAAAGGUCGGCAACGACUCCGCUGCGGCCAAAUACGCAGCUACCACCGCUGCUCCUGACUUCUCGAUAGAGUCUGAGAAGCCAUAUGCCGAACUAUGGAUGGGCACGCAUCCCUCUCUUCCGUCGAAAGACCUCGAGACGCAGCGAACCUUGCUCGAUCUCGUGCAGGAUAACCAGGCGUUGAUGUCCACGGAGGUCGCGGAGCGCUAUGGCGGAAAGCUGCCCUUCCUCUUCAAGGUGCUGUCGAUCCGGAAGGCUCUCAGUAUCCAAGCCCACCCGAACAAGAAGCUCGCCGAAAAGCUUCAUGCCCGGGAUUCCCAGAACUAUCCUGAUGAUAACCACAAGCCUGAAAUGACCAUCGCCAUCACGCCGUUCGAGGGCCUGUGUGGCUUCCGUCCGUUGGCCGAGAUUGCCCAUUUCCUCAACGCCGUAGCACCCUUGCGUCAACUGAUCGGCGAGGAUGCGGCCAGCCAGUUUGAAAACACGAUCAAGGGCUCGGAGGACUCGGAAGACCCUGCAGUGACACAGAAGAACAAGGAGGUUUUGCGGGCGGCUUUCACAUCUCUGAUGCAAUCAUCGCCCGAGAGCAUCGAAGCCGCCACCAAGGACCUCGUCGCGGCGGCCCAUGACUCUCCCGAUAGCUUCGCUACCUCCGCCAGUACGCCCCACACCAACCCGAGCAACCCGGCCGAGCUGGCCGCUCUCAUUACGCGCCUGAACGGACAGUUUCCCAACGACAUCGGCUCGUUCGUGUUCUUCUUCCUCAACUUCGUCACGCUAUCCCCCGGAGAGGCCAUGUUCCUCAAGGCGGACGACAUCCACGCCUACAUUUCCGGAGACAUCAUCGAGUGCAUGGCGUCCUCCGACAACGUGGUGCGCGCGGGCUUCACUCCCAAAUUCAAGGAUGUCAGCACCCUCACGGACAUGUUGACGUAUUCCUACGCGCCGAUCGAGGAGCAGAAGUUGGAGCCUAAGGACUACCCGUACGUAGUCCUCAACGUGCCCGCGUACUCUAGCAUGUCGUCCAGUCUGCUCUACGACCCUCCCAUCGAGGAGUUCAGCGUGGUGAAGACGGAGCUGAAACGCGCCGGCGCCAAGGCGACCUUCGACGGCCUGGCCGGCCCUAGCAUUGUCAUCUGCACCGGCGGCACUGGUAAGAUCACAGUCGGCCACAAGACGGAGGAAGUGAAGGAGGGGUAUGUGUACUUCGUGGGCGCCACGGCUGAGUGCAUUAUCGAGAGCACUGGCGAGGAAGAUUUCACCACGUUUAAGGCGUUCUGCGAUCUGACCGGCAAGGAGGACAUGGUGAAUGGCCACUAA